CCAUCAAAGCAGUCCGAGCCGGGGCAUUUCUGGGCGGCGGGCCGGGCAGUGGAUGGAGAGCUGAGAUCAGGUACAUGGCCGAAGCUGGGCCGCGAUGGACCCUGUUAAGGCAAUCCGCCAUUCCACUCCUGGCUCCUUGCUCCCCCAGUCGUCCACUGUGCCUCGAGCGAUCCCAGUACCUUCCCGACCCCAUCACCUUUUAAGUUCAAUCAUCUCGCUUGCGCUCUCACGACUUCCUCAGCCGCCGAUACGUCCUCUUCUCGUUCUCCAUCCGCUCGGCCAUCGGUUGGUUCAUCGGCUUGCGAUCCUUCAAUCGCCGGUCUUCUUUUUUUUGGUCCCGGUUUCCAUACCUCUCUUUCUCACGUCGCCCGACGCCGACACGCAAAAGCCGUGUGUGCUCGGUCCUUUCCCGAUCGACCUCGCGCCAAUUUCCCGCCCUGCACCGCCACCAGUCACGGUCAGAUCGAGCUUUUUUCUCUUCGCGACACCAGCCUGUUUUCCCCGCGAGAACGCAUAUGCGAGGUUCCAACAACGGGCAGUCCAACUAGCGUCGUGACCAGACGAGCCGGGACGAGAUACUUGGUAGGCAUACACCGUUGAGAUAGGGGCUGGGUCGCGCUGGGAAGCUCCGGAUCCAUUGAGGCGACGAUGGCGAGCCCCUCGACUGCGCGGUGCUCUCAUGCCGUGUGAUUGAAAUUGGACAAUCAACAUCGCUAU